AAACCUAAAAUGAGAACCUUAACUAUUUUUGAAGAAACAAAAACAAAGACAGUAAAAGAAUACUCCGACGAUAUUGAGGCAGGAGUAGCCAAAAGAGAGAAAUUAGAAAAGGAGGGGAUUUGUGUUUUCGGCUGUGAUAAAUGCCAGCAACAAUUUAGUCAGCAAGAUAAAGAUAACGAAAAUUAUUUAAUCGAUUAUUAUGGCCAUUUUUUAGCAAUAGAUUGA